AUGUCUGCUAACGAUGGUUGGCAAUUUCAAUGCUCUAGAUCAAGUUGCUCACCAUUGGUUGUUGUUAUUGCGUCAAAUAUCCGCGAGUGUCAAAUGGCUUGUUUAGCUGAAGUCCAUUGUAAAGCAAUUAGUUUUCAUAAAUCAUCAUCUAAUUGUGAAUUAUUUGCUGAUAUAUCAAACCAAAACGGCAAUUUGGUGAGCAACGUAGACACUGUUACUAUGAUUGUUAUGGAUGGAACACGAUUUCCACUUGAACCGACUACGACAUCAACAAUACCAGCAGCAAUAACAUCACCGGCAACAACACCAGCAGUAACAAUAACUCCAACAGCAGCAACAUCACCAGCAGCAACAACACCAGCAGCACUAACGUCAGCAGCCACAACACCAGCAGCACUAACAUCACCAGCAACAACACCAGCAGCACUAACAUCACCAGCAACAACACCAGCGGCACUAAUAUCACCGGCAACAACACCAGCAGCAUCAACGUCAACAUCAUCAUCGACAUUAUCAUCAAGCACUUCAUCGUCAACAUCAACAACAACAUCGUCAUCAACAUCAUCAAGCACUUCGUCGUCAACAACAAGGUCAACAACACCAGUACCAACAACACCCGGUCAGUGA